UGUGGCUUCACAGAAAAUGAAUCUCUUACGCUCCUAAACUAGCAACAAUAUUCAGAAUAAGAAGAUUCCAAUGAGUAAGCCGUUGGGGGCGCUAAAAACGCGGUAGGAUUUAAACUGUGUAGUCCAAGAUACCCAGAUUUUUCAAAUCUAUCAACUUCAUACUGUCACAUUUAGCUCAAAUUUGGGCAUAGUGAAAUUGGCAGUGAAGGGAACAGAAACAGACAUGGGUUCCCGAAUGUCCUGCGACACCUGUCCCACUGCAGUAACAAGCAGCGUGGUAAACUUAUCAGACUCAGUAAUUCUUCGCGUUGCCGACGGAGUUCAAAACCCCAAAUCCCUAGUACCUGAACCACCGUCGCAAGAAGAUCAAUCAUGGUAUGAAAAACUGAAAUGCAUAGACGACUCCCAUUCGCAAAAGACAGGAAUAAACAUUAAAGACAUGGAAACUCUCAUUAUAAGCCUUGAGGGACGUCUACGACAAGGAAUAAUAAAAGAAUCUUGCUUCAGUGCGUUGCUAAAAAGCUGCUAUAGAAAUAAUCCCAAUUGUUCCUUACACUGCAUGAAGGAAAGUAAGGAAUUCAUAGACUGUGUAGAUGCGAUACGCCUACAGCACAUUAAGGAGGUAGUAUUGCAAGAACAAGAGAAAGUGAAAGAGAGCAAACAACAUAAAAAACGACCGUAUAAUUAACACUUCCUAUACAAACAACAAUAAAUCACAGUUCACCGCU